UUGUGGUCUUCAAGCUGACGCUGUCGUUUUUUCACUGUCUUUCGUCGUACUUUAUCUCUCCACUGUUAGUGAGAUCUUUUCAAAAUCUGAAGUGUCUAGGAGAUUGGGCAGUAGUGACCGGCUGCACAGAUGGAAUUGGGAAAGCCUAUGCCAUGCAGCUUGCUCGGCGGGGAUUCAACAUAAUUCUACUCAGUCGUUCUGUUGAGAAACUAGAGUCAGCAGCAGAUGCUAUAAGAAGGCAAACUGGAGUUCAGACCAUUAUUAUUCAAGCUGACUUUAGCAAUAGCAGUCAAGAUUUAUACAAUCGAAUUGCCAACAAACUGUCAGAUCUCGAUAUUGGAAUUCUUGUCAAUAAUGUCGGCGCUUGCUAUGACUAUCCUCUCUAUUUCUGUGAUCUGUGUACAGAGAAGAUAUGGCAACUAAUUAAUGUAAACGUGGGUGCCGUUACUUUUAUGACACGUGCUAUUUUGCCUGGAAUGUUGAAACGAAAGAGAGGGGCAAUUAUUAAUCUCUCAUCAUAUUCUGGUCUCUAUCCUGUCGGACUUCUCUCCGUAUACUCAGCUACCAAGUCUUAUGUUGAUCAUUUCAGUCGGUCGCUACAGCAGGAGUACUCCAAAGAUGGCAUAUUUAUUCAGUCUGUUACUACUAUGGUUGUUGCCACUAAAAUGACAGAGGGCAGAUGGACGAACUCUUUGUCAUUACUUCCUGAGGAUUAUGCUCGUGAAGCUGUGAAGACGAUUGGUCGACUGGGUGUGACAUGUGGUCAUAGAUUUCAUGCCGUUCAGUUCUGGCUUAUUCAGCUAUUACCAGAAUGGUUUCGUGACGUGAUGACAUUUAGAGUUAAUUUAGCAGUGUUAAACAAGCACUGCACACAGAAUUCAUGAGAGCCGAGGUCAUUCUCGUGUAUAGGUGACUUAAAUAUUUUUUAUUUUAAAUAUUUUAAAGGGAUCUGCAUGUCUGCUGUUUGAUUGUUAUGUUUUUUGUCUGGUUUGUUUAUCUAUUCUAGUUUGUUUAUGUAUUCUAGUUGUUUGAUAUCAUAUAAAUAAAGUUUGUUA